AUGGACAGCAGAUACACAAGGUGGGUCCAUCAUGGGGAAGAGUUGACUGAUGAUGAAGGUCAUAAUUUUGAGGAUGCUGGAUAUCAAUCAGAUGAUGAUGGAUACGAUCAAGGAAAUCGUGAUGAUGUUUCAAAUUUGUUAGAUGACCUGUACAGAUCUGGAAGGCAAGCUGAUGGUCAGCCUAACCUAUUUGCAAAUCUGAUGGAAGAAGCAAAGAAAGAGCUUUAUGAUGGAUGCACAAACUUCACUCGGUUGUCAUUCAUUAUCAAGCUUCUCCAUGUGAAGUCCUACAACCGGGUAACAAAUGCAGCAUUUGAUGGGUUCCUUAAGCUGUUCAAUCUGGCAUGUCCUAAUGGAAAUUUGGUGCCAAAAUCAUACAGUGAAGCUAAGAGUGUGCUUCGUGAUGUUGGACUGGAUUAUGAGAUAAUCCAUGUUUGCAAGUAUGAGUGUGAAUUAUUUUGGGGGGAAUAUGCAAAUCACGAUCAUUGUCCAACUUGUGGGACAUCAAGAUGGAAAGACACGCAUGGUAAGAAGAAAGUUCCUCAGAAGGUGCUCCGAUACUUUCCUAUUAUUCCAAGGCUUCAAAGGUUCUUCGCGUCAAAGUUUCUUGCAGAAAUGGCUAUGUGGCAUAAGGUGAAGAGGGUUGUUGAUAAAGAUGUUAUGAGGCAUCCGGCCGACGGUGAAGCUUGGAAAGGAUUUGACAGUGAGUAUGGUUGGUUUGCUAGAGAUCCACGCAACUUGAAGCUAGGUAUUGCCACAGAUGGGUUCAACCCUUUUGGAAUGGGUAGUUCAUACAGGAUGUGGCCUGUUUUUGUGAUUCCAUACAAUUUCCCUCCUUGGAUGUGUAUGGACCAAUCCAAUUUCAUGAUGGCUUUGCUUAUUCCUGGAAGAAAAUCACCUGGAAAAGAUUUUCAUGUUUACAUGAAGCCACUGAUGGCAGAUAUGAAGAAGCUUUGGGAAGGUGUAGACACGUUUGAUGCGUUGACAGGAAAAAGAUUUCCUCUCCAUGCUGCAAUUCUUUGGUCCAUCCAUCACUAUCCAGGACUUGCCACUAUAUCAGGGCGUAGCACAAAAGGGUUUUAUGCUUGUGUGCAUUGCGAUGAGAACCCUUGCUCGCAGUCAUUGAGAAACAAAAUUGGAUAUGUUGGGCAUCGAAGGUUCCUUCCCACUAACCAUCAUUUUAGGACAAGCAAACUUUUCAAUGGGAAGGCUGAGAGAAGAGGGCCACCUAGGAAAUUCACAAUUGAAGAAGUGAUGGAGAAGUUAGGGAAAGUUGAAGACUACAAACCUGGGAAGCAUCCAGAUUUUAAGAAGCGAAAACGCGCAGAGAAAGGUACACCAAACUGGAGUCAAAAAGUGAGCUUUUAUGACCUGCCAUAUUGGUCAAAACUCAAGUUACCACACAACCUUGAUGUAAUGCACAUUGAGAAGAAUAUAUGUGAUAAUAUCCUUGGUACCCUUCUUGAGAUUGAUAAAAAAUCGAAGGAUACCACAAAUGCUAGGAAAGAUUUGGAAGAUUUGCGAAUAAGGAAAAAGUUGCACAUGAGAACAGAUGGAAAGGGAGGAUUUGAGAAGCCACCUGCUUGCUACACGCUGAGUAAGGAAAAUAAGAAGAAGUUGUGUCAGUUUUUGGUCAAUGUGAAAUUUCCAGAUGGGUAUGCUGCUAACCUAGCAAGAUGUGUGGAUCUUGAUGCAUGUAAAGUACAUGAUUUAAAGACCCAUGACUGCCAUAUACUGCUGCAGCGUGUCCUACCAGCUGGGCUUAGAGGGCUUGUGAGACAAGACAUCUAUGAAGCUAUUACUGAACUGGGGAAUUUUUUUAAACAGUUGUGCUCCAAAACUCUUAGGCUUGAUGUAUUGCAUCGAUUGAAAGAUAAAAUUCCACUCAUCCUUUGCAAGCUUGAGAAGAUUUUUCCCCCUGCUUUCUUUGAUGUUAUGGUUCAUCUAGCAGUUCACCUACCCGACGAGGCAAUUCAAAGGGGCCCUGUCCAUUAUGGCUGGAUGUACCCGGUGGAGCGUAGACUUGGUUACCUAAAGGGAACGGUGAGAAACAAAGCAAGACUGGAAGGGUCAAUUGCAGAGACCUACGUCGUGGACGAAUGCAUGAUCUAUUGCUCCAGAUUUUUGAAUGAUGAUGUAGAAACAAGAUUUAACAAAGAUGAAAGGAACAGGGAUGGGAAGAGAGUUGUUGAUCCUGCUGAAUUACCAGUUUUUUCAGUUGCUGCAAAAGCCUUUGGGGCUUGCAGACUCAAAUAUUUUGAAAAGGAAUAUGAAAAAAUGGUAUGUGUUUGCCGAGAAGAACUACUAGGCAGGGGUGUCAAUAACAUUGACGAGACGGUUGAGAAGGAGUUCCUCGCUGGUUUCGGAAGCAUGUAUGGAGAUCCGGAGGUUUCUGAUGAUUUACACUCACUUGCGUUUGGACUAGACAAGCGUGUGCUUGUCCACUCUGCCUGCAAUGUCAAUGGUGUGAGGUUCCAUACUGUGGAUCGUGAGAAAAACAGAAGAACUCAAAAUUCUGGCAUCCUAACCAUUGCACCGGAUCAUAAUGGUGUAGAGAAGGAGUACUACGGUGUGCUAAAGCAGGUUCUUGAGUUGCAGUACCUGAAAAACAAGCAUGGCGAUAGAUCGGUAUUUCUGUUCCGGUGUGAUUGGUUUGAUCUUGAUACAAAGAAAAAUGGCUUGAGAGAUGAUGGCUAUUUUAAAAGUGUUAAUACCUCUGCAUCUGCACUGAAGUACAAGAAUGACCCAUUCAUUUUGGCAAGCCAAGCAAAAACAGUGUUUUACAUGGAUGACACUAGGUUUGGUAAAAGUUGGAAAGUGUUGCAGACGUACACACUUAGACAUGUCUAUGAUGUUCUCGAAAGCGAAAAUGGCGAAGAUAUUGAUCAAGGGAACCAAGAUGCAUAUCAGGAAGACAACUCCUCAUCAAAUUUUAUUGUGCAGGAUGUCGAAGGAGAAGUAAAUGACGAACAACGAUCUGAUCCUGAUGAUGAAGCUGCAAGUGAUGCUGAUGGUCAAACAAUGGAUGAUGUAGGGGCUACUGAGCAUGAAGAAAUCAGCAGCAGUGAUGAUGAUGAAGCUGCUGGUGAUGGUGAGGAAGCAAACAAUUCAGAGCAUGAAAGUGAUGAUGACUAG